AUGUCGUCCAGUGAAAUCUAUCGCUAUUACUACAAGACGUCCGAGGACUUGCAGGGCUUCAAGACGGCAGCCACUGAGCCCUACUUCAAUCCGAUGGCCGCCUACAGUCCGGGUUUGGGUCCGGGCAUGACCCACUAUCAGUUCAAUGCCAAUGCUUUGGCCAACUCGGGCAACGGCUUCAUCAGCUUUGAGCAGGCCAGCUCCGAUGGCUGGAUCACCUCGUCGCCGGCCAGUCAUCGCUCAGAGAGUCCCGAAUAUGUGGAUCUCAACACCAUCUACAACAAUGGCUGCCACAUGGGUCACCACCAAGCCCAGCAGUACGGACUGAGUCUGCAGCAGCCACAAGCAACAGCAGCAGCUGCAGCACCAGCAGCAGUGUCCAUUGCAGAAGUGCCGAUGGUUCCGCUAGCUGCAGUGGAGGUCAUGGGCUCCUCCAAUGUGGGCACUUGCAAGACAGUGCCAGCGCCUGCCGCCGUCAAGCCCAAGCGCAGCUACACAAAGAAGAAUCAGCAGACUGCCGCGACAGCCACAGCCACCUCCGCACCAUCCACCAUCAGUGCCAGCAGCUCCACGGCCGCGGCUCCAGCCAAUCUCUACGCUGAUGAGUUCCAGAGCUUUGACUUUGACAACUCCGCUCUGUUCGAUGACAGCGUGGAGGAUGACGACGAUCUAAUGUUGUUUGGCAGCGGCGGCGAGGACUUUGAUGGCAACGAUGGCUCCUUCGAUCUGGCCGAUGGCGACUGUGAGGAUGCCGCUGGAUCUGCAGGCGGCAAGAAGCGUCGCAACAAGCAAAUCCCGCCGGUGGUCAAGAGGAAGCGUCGCCUGGCAGCCAAUGCCCGGGAGCGUCGUCGCAUGCAGAACCUCAACCAGGCCUUCGAUCGUCUGCGCCAGUAUCUGCCCUGCCUGGGCAACGAUCGUCAGCUGUCCAAGCACGAGACCCUGCAAAUGGCCCAAACCUACAUCUCGGCGCUGGGCGAUCUGCUCCGCUAAGAGGGGUGACGUGACAGGACACCAAAGUUAUAUUUGUUAUCCAGUUUGUUGGAGCCUUGCCAAAUGUUGUACCUAUAAUACCUGUAAAUAGCCCAGUAGUAAAUUAUCGCUUGUUUAUUGUUUAGUUAGCUAGUUUAAAUGGAAGACAAUGAUUAAGAAAAAACAAAAAACAAAAAAACAAAAAA